AUGUCUUUAGAAUCAAACGUAAAGACCGCCAGAGAUUCUUUCAUUACUCUUCAAACACUCUCUGUCAAGGAUCGCGAUGAAGCACUCAAUAUCAUCGUAGAAGAGUUGUUGUCGAAAAAGGACACAAUAUUAAAGGCUAAUGCCGAAGAUAUGGACUCUGCAAAGAAGCAAAAUGAGGCUGGAAAAUUGAGCUCAUCUAUGUUGAAACGUCUUGACUUGUCUACUUCUGGCAAGUAUGAGUCCAUGGUCCAAGGUGUCUCAGAUGUAAAAAACCUCGAGGAUCCUUUAGGUCGUGUUACAUAUGGCUGUCGCCUUGAUGACAACUUGGAUUUGUACCGCGUCUCCUGUCCCGUUGGUGUACUUUUGGUCAUUUUUGAAGCUCGCCCUGAAGUCAUUAUCAACAUUACAGCCCUUGCCAUCAAGUCUGGUAAUGCCGUCGUCUUGAAGGGAGGCACAGAGUCUACAAAGUCUUUUGCUGCUAUGUCGCAAGUCGUACGUUCAGCUCUUUCCAAAACUAAAGUUCCCCAAGGUGCAGUGCAACUUGUUCAAAACCGCGAGGAGGUCGCUCAACUCCUUCAAUUUGAUCGCUAUAUCGACCUGGUUAUUCCUCGUGGCAGUGAUAAGCUAGUUCGUUACAUAAAAGAAAACACAAAAAUUCCCGUCCUUGGCCACGCAGAUGGUUUGUGCUCUAUGUAUCUUCAUGAUGAUGCCGACAAAGAUCUUGCUAUCAAUGUCGUUUUCGAUGCCAAAACUGAUUAUCCAGCUGGCUGUAAUGCUGUUGAGACCCUCUUGGUUCAUGAAAAUGCAUUGUCUACCCAGUUGCCGUUUAUUGCCGAAAAACUAUCCCAAGCAUCCGUGGUUUUAAAAUGUGACAGCCGCUCUUACGAGGUUUUAGAAAAAACUCCUUCUGUCGCUAAAUUGCUUCAACACUCUACAGAAAAUGAUUAUGAUACAGAAUUUUUGGACUAUACUUUGGCUGUUAAAACGGUCUCCUCAUUAGAAGAAGCAAUGGCGCAUAUAAAUACCCAUGGUUCAAAACACACCGACUGCAUUUUGACUUCUAGCGAAUCUACUGCAAAUAAGUUUAUGUCUGGUAUCGAUGCUUCUGGUGUUUAUUGGAACGCUUCUACCCGCUUUGCAGAUGGCUUCCGUUACGGCUUUGGCACUGAGGUGGGUAUCAGUACAAACAAAAUCCAUGCCCGGGGUCCUAUGGGCUUAGAGGGCUUAACUAUUUACAAAUAUCAACUUCGCGGAAGAGGUCAUGUCGCAUCUGCCUACGGUGUCGGUCCUAGUAAGAUUCCAUUUAAACAUGAGCCCCUUGAUGUCUAUCAUAUAUCGGAGGUUAAUAAAUUGGAAAACUAA